UGGUAUGCAUGGUAGCGAAAUGUCGAGUAAGCGAUCAUACGCAGGUGCAUUACAUAGCUAUCUGCUGGGCUGAUUUUAGCGGUCUCUCCUGACCAGUCGGUCGUGCUAAAAUUAUUGUUGCGGCCGUUCUCAACUAAUUUGCUAGGCGAGUGCGUCGUUUAGUAUUUUGGUUGCAGCUUGUGGUGCUGUACGUGCUGACUAGGUGACAUCAAGAGAGAACGAGAGAGAGACAAAGACAGAGACAGAGAGAGAAAGGUGGAACAUGUCACGGACGUAUAAUCCGUGGAAGGACCGCGACUUCAUCAAGCUGAAGCCGCUGCUGUCCGAAAAGAUGGACUGCUUAACGAUGCGAAUGCACUGCGAAGCGGAAUGCCUGAUCGGUACUCCGGAGAAGAAGAAGUUGAAAUCGAUGAAGGACGACCCUACCGAGCACAACGACUGCCUAUUGGAGCUAGUGGAGAAGGGUGAUGCCAGCUCGUUCCGCACGUUCUGCACCAUCGUCGACGAGCAGUGCGUGUCGUACAAUUUCACCGACGUGUCGCCAGUGUUGAGGACACUACUGGAGCGCAUCGAUCAGCCGUCAUCAUUUGCUGCACAACGUGAAGUGGGAAGUGCGCAACAAGACGACUUCAACCAAGGCACUGGCCAGGAAUCACGAUCGUUUGAAGCUCAGGAAGAAGUCGGUUUCGAUGCACGACUCGGUGAUGCCUCUGCAGAUUCGUCCUCAGGCUCCUACUCAAGCUCUUCACGUCCACCGUCCUCGCAUACGCACCGUCUCAUCAACGACAUCAUUGAUAUUUACGCAUUUGGAGAAAAGGCUGCCAAACUGAUGGGUGAUGCAACCUGUGAUAAGCUGGCACGGUUGCUGGUGAAGGAGAAGAAAGACCCGGUUGACAACUACGCGGAUCUGGUGCUACGCCACAUCAAGGUGCACAAGCAUGGCGUGGAAGAGUUGUACAACGUUGGCGGUGUUCUCCUCUACUUUGCCGAUCAGAAUCCCGCGCCCACGUUCGACGAAGUUGUCGUUGUGUUGAAGGACGCCUGUCCCGGAAAGGUCGAUGCAGUUGAGAGUCUGUGGAAUAAAGCUGAGUUUUCAGCACGGAGUGAUCCUGAGAAUGGUGUUAGGAAGGCUCGGUGUUAGUGGAUCACCGUCAGGAGUCAGCUGUGAGCCUCGCCAUGGCGCCGGUACACACGCGGCUCGACAUCGUCGUUCGCAGUUCACGUGCAGAUAGGAUGCUCGAAGCGUUGGUUUGUCACAUGACAUUGGCUCGUUGGAGCAUCCCGGUGUCGUUGUAUGUGCUACGCUUGGCUGCGCAUCCAUGCACGUCAUACUGUGUCAACCCCCCCCCCAGAUUGGUGAACUGCUACUCUUCUCUCUUGGAGCCUUGGCUCUCACAUGCAUAGAACUACAUAACUGGUUUGACUCCCGCGUGGGUGCAGACUUCCACGGGGGUGGGGGUGGGGUGAUAUUGGGCAUUUGGCUUCAAUAUUUCUAGAUUUUCUGAUGCUCUACACACAUUUUCUUGAAUAAAAAUCUGACACUUCCUUUGAUAGAUUUUUAUUUACUUUCCCGUUCUAACUUUCCCUCACACUUUGAACAGUAUGAUAAUGUAUUAGAAAAAUAGAGGCCACAUGCAUAAUGAUAAUGAGAAAUUUUACUAGGGCUGGUGUCAGAGAAUCACAUUUUUUGAAUAUUUCCUUUCAUCACUAACUUGUAGAUCUAAAGCGAUUACAACGGUCAAUUGAGUACGAAAUUACAGUAAAACCUGGCGACCACCCACGGUGCAAGCAAAA